UUUUUGUGGGGCCGGCAAAAAUCCUCUAACUGAACCCUCCACGAGGGUGCCGGCCGGGCAAUGGGCACUGCCUUAUUUUGGAUGAAACGGGCAAUACUUUGCACACUUUUCAUCCAGGCGAUGCAGUGUCUAGCUAAGGUUCCGGUAUAAGACCGGAGCCAUGGUUCAGAGGUGUUUAUUGCCUGGCGGUAGGCAUAAAACGCUAGGGGUGAUUCCCUGAAUUCAUAAAUCGCAAUGGAGGUGAAUAUAGAAACAACUCGGGCUGGGAUAUCAGUCCAAACGUCGGUGGAAGAAGUGACCGCUACCACCGGCGGGCACGGGGAGGAGAAGUCCUCUCCACGUGUCGCCAGUGGUCACACCUCGACCUUGGUGGACGCAGGCCAAGGUCGUUGCACAGCGACUGCCAUCAAUCUGAGCGUGCCGCAAGCGAACCUCAUUCAGCCAAUAAAAACUGAAGCCGUGUGCGAAUCGUGUGGCAAUGCUAAGAUACCUCCAGCUCAGACUGCCGCCCCCAGGGUAGAGAUCAACAAUGCUCAUGGUCUAUAUAACGUAUCACUUCUAAUCGGUUCCCGUCCACAGGUCAGUAACAACUUCUCGCCCCAGAACGAAAGUCAAUGCGUUGCGUGUGCGGAGGCAACUGGCAGGUCAAUUUCUCCCAUACCCCAAAUCAAAGAAGAACCAGUGACCCCCAAGGGCAAGCAAAUUGCAGCCAAGCCCGGAGCCACUAAGCUGAAGGAUGGCAAACAUUCGGUUGAGGAGUCGUCGGCCUACAAGAGACCGCGCUCCUCCAAGACUGAAGCGCCUGCGUCCAAGCGGCCUUGCAACCAAAAUAAGACAGCCGAUAAGAUGGAGAAUGAGGCCAGAAGGGAUGAUGAUCUGAUUGUGGCGCUCAUUGAUAAAAGCAAUUCAUCCGGAAAGAUUACACCAAGCCAGUGGCAGUUGGUCGAGACUAAGCUGGUGGAUGCCAUGCUCCAAAGUAUGGCCAAGCCCGACAGUAUACCCGCCCGCUUUGAUGAUGCCGGUUGGCAAACUGGGGUCAAGCUUAUCGGUUGCGGCGAUGACCAUGCCAUGAAAUGGCUCUCCACGACAGUGGCGGCCAUGGAUGCCCCAUGGCCAGACGCGAAACUCGAGGUUGUCAAUAAAAAAUGGAUUCCGCCGCUGCUCAGAGCGAAGCUGACUCUGCCGCGGGUCAUGCCGCGGGAGCAGGCCAUGGACCUAUUGAAAUGGCAAAAUCCGGAUAUACCCACAGCUGACUGGCAAGUGGUUACUGUCAAGCCCGAUAGCAAGGGCCAAAAGAUGGUACUGAAGAUCACCAAGGAGUCCAACGAGCUGCUUUUAGCCAGACAUGGAAAGAUGGCCUGGGGCAUGGGCACCGUGCGGGUGCACGUUAAGAAACGCCGCAGAGAAAAGAAUGCUGCUGCUGCUGAGGUUAAGCAGGACUCGGCUUCGAAAGGUGCUCAAGGACAGGGAGCUGGAAAUGCGGCCGUUACAGAAAAUCCCAACGACAAGCCCGUGGAGGAUCACGAUAUUCAGGAGUUACCUGACAGCAGUAUAGCUGCCAGUACUCUAGCUCAACAAGCGUAGGGGCAAGCUAUCGUCGAUGAAGUUUCUUAUAAAGGUCCCAGCAGCUUUGGGUGGAACGUAAAGAACCAAACUUGGCAGAAACGCGGAACAUCUUUCUAAAAGAACAGACCUCGGCUUACAGGCUGAGCAUGUAUUUCUUCCAUUAAACAAACGGAAAUCUUACAUAUUUGUAUUGUGUACCUUAAACAGCAAAAAUCAAAGUAUAUACGUAUCCCACUAGUUGGGAAUUAUAACAGUUCUCUCUCUCACACCUACGACUAUUAUACUUAUUAAUAAACAUUAGCUAGUAUAA